GCCAGCUGUUGGCGGUACUUAGUGCGGUGGGGUGCCCAUGCGACUAGACCCUGGGGAACUCCGUCAUCGCAGCUUGAAGUCCCACCGCUGCAUGAGUCCGCACAAAAUGCACCACCACCGCAUUCGGUUGAGGCCUGGCUGACAAUGCCCAUGACAGGACCGCUGAGCCAUGAGAGACGCACGUCAAACACAAAUGGCGUCGUGGAGGGCGUCCCUAGCGAAAACCUCACUCCGGCGCUGUCACAUCGCAUGAAGCACGACAAGUCGAUACUUGCGCUUGCUGUGUCUUCGCAGUACAUAUUUGCCGGUACACAGGGAGGGGAAAUACUCGUCUACAGCCUCGACACGUACGAGCGCCGGCGAGUGAUCCAGGCGCACAAAGGCAGCGUACUCGGCCUGUGCCUGUCGCAAGACCAGCAGCUGCUCUUCUCGAGUGCUACAGACCCCAUUGUCAAUGUAUGGUGCACCUCUAGCUUCCGCCAUCUCUACGCCCUCUGGUCGCCCUACGACAUCGGCGACAUCUUCUGCGUCGCGUACUCAUCCUUCCACCGCACUGUCUACCUCGGCGCCCAGAACACGAGCAUACAAUGGUACGACCUGAAGGAGAAGGACGCGCGCCCACGACCCGCACACGCCUCGCACCCCUCCCAGCGCAAGAACAGGUUCUUUGACUCCCUCGGCCCAGGAGGCGCGCAGACACCGAAACCUUUCGGCGCGGAUGCCAAACCACGAGAUGCUGUGGGAGGACAGGAGCUGCAGAUCGACAGCCAGGACAUCUAUCAGUUCGCCCAUUUUGGCUAUGUACACUGUAUGCUCCUGGGCAAGGGCAUAUUGCCAGAAGCACCGUCGGAGGAAGUGCUGGUAUCUGGAGGAGGUGAUGGUCGCAUCCUGCUAUGGCGGAUCGAUCCAACAAGGAGAGGGCUCAUCUCCAACAUCUGUGCGCUAGAGGACGGCAGGGAGGAAGGCGAGUCGAUCUUGUCUUUGGCACGUGAGCGCUCCUUCCUCUACAGUGGACGUUUUGACGGCGAGGUCAACGUGUGGGACCUGGAGACGCGCCAGCUGGUCAGGAGUCUGAAGGCCAAUACUGGAGAUGUUCACACCUUGACACUGGGUGCUGGCGUACUCUUCGCUGGAGGCAAGUCUGGUGUGGUGCAUAAAUUCAACGAGCACUACGAGACGAUGUCGACCUUCAAAGCGCACAACGGACUGAUCCUUGCAUCUGCAUACACAACGUACAACGAUAAACCGACUCUGGUGACUGGUGGUAAUGACAACACGAUCGUCAUCUGGGAAGUGCGAGACGGCGCAGAGCCCACAGCGACUGCGAGAAGAAGCAAUAAUGAUCUCAUGGUUGAGUCUCUCAGCCAAUUUGUCAAUUUCCGAACAGUCUCGUCACUACCCAAGUACCGUGCGGAUUGCCGCAGGGGUGCAUCUUACUUGCGCUCGGUAUUCCAGAAUUUCGGUGCGGUCACCGAGAUGAUCAACACUAGCGAGCCAUACAACCCUAUCGUAUUCGCGAAGUUCAGAGGAAACCCUGCGACAGCGGCGUCGCGUAAGAAAAUCCUAUUCUACGGCCAUUAUGAUGUCAUACCCGCAGAGAACGAGCACGGAAAGUGGAAACACGAUCCAUUCGCGCUUACUGGCGAAGGUGGCUAUCUGUAUGGUCGUGGUGUCUCUGACAACAAGGGACCCAUCAUGGCCGCCAUAUAUGCCGCACACGAGCUUGCGAACGAACAGAGCCUGGAUGCUGACAUCAUCUUCCUCAUCGAAGGCGAGGAAGAGAGUGGCUCUCGCGGGUUCGAGAAGGCUGUACAAGCGAAGAAAGAUCUGAUUGGCGAUGUCGAUUGGAUCUUGCUGGCGAACAGUUACUGGCUCGACGAUCACGUACCCUGCAUCACCUACGGCCUGCGAGGAGUCAUCCACGCCACAGUCCAGGUCGAGAGUGAGCAUCCAGAUCUGCACAGUGGUGUCGAUGGCAGUGCACUGCUCGACGAGCCGCUCAAGGACAUUGUUAUGCUGUUGUCCAAACUGACUGGACGACACGGCAAGGUCCAGAUCCCUGGUUUCUACGACCCCAUCUUACCUCUUGCGGAGGGCGAGAAGGAGCUAUAUACCGAAAUCACACAGACCCUCCUCCGCAACAACCCCGACCUUGGCGAUCCAGAGGAACUCGCGCAGUCGUUGAUGCGCAGAUGGCGCGAGGCUUCCCUCACGAUUCAUCGUUUCCAGACCUCCGGCCCCGAGAACUCCACCAUCAUCCCGCGCCUAGCCAAAGCAGCUCUCUCUGUCCGUCUCGUGCCUAAUCAGGAAGCUUCAGAUGUAGCAGCAGCUUUGCAAUCUUUCCUCGCUGACGAGUUCGAAGGCUUGGACAGCAAAAACAAGCUGUCGGUCACAAUCGACCACCAAGCUGAGCCCUGGCUAGGCGACUACACAAACGAGAUCUUCCAAACCCUCGAACAAGCCAUCAGUGAUGUCUGGGCACCGACACUCACAACUCGUCGUCCUUCUGCCGCUAAUGCUCUUACGCAACAAACAUCGCCACUUACACCACUCAGUCCCACCAAACCCUCUCCAGCUACAUCCAACACCCUCGCUAACAGCUCUGACCCCGAGUUCCCGCAGUCACGGCCAGCAUCUUCCCACCAAGUACAAGAGGGGCCAGUCAAAGUGAAGCCCCUCUUCAUUCGAGAAGGUGGCAGUAUCCCAUCUAUCCGCUUCCUCGAAAAGGAGUUCGGUGCACCUGCAGCUCAUCUGCCUUGUGGCCAGGCGAGCGAUAGCGCGCAUUUGGACAAUGAGAGGUUGAGAUUGGUGAACUUGUUCAACAGUAAGAAGAUCUUCAAACGGGUCUUUUGGGAACUACCUAGGAAAUGAGCAAAUGAACUACGGCACUACACGCGAGAUGAUCAUGGAAGCGUGUGUUGAAGUAGUGGAAUAGACGUUUCGGUGCGGCUGGGUAGGAAAUGCAAACUAGUAUAAACAAUGAUGCAUUGAACGAACAGCAGACCGGUGCUAUUGAUGGUCUAUCUGGGUGAACAGAUGCCAUGCCCUUCAUCUCUCGGCAAGAUUGAUGACGGCACGAGAUUUGUGGUCAAGUUUAGAAAGACUGAAUGUACGCUGCUCUUGACAGAAUGGUCGCGGUUCGUUCGGCGAAGCGAGCGUAGCGAGCGGACCUUCUCUCAUA